GCGGAAAGCACAGUUAUAUUCGCAGUGAUAAAGCAAACAGAUAAAAAUGCCAAGUGAGAUAAUUACGCUGCAAUUGGGCCAAUGCGGCAAUCAGAUUGGCUUCGAGUUCUGGAAGCGCCUGUGCCUGGAGCAUGGCAUUUCACCUGAGGGCGUCCUGGAAGACUUUGCGGCCGACGGGCACGAUCGCAAGGACGUCUUCUUCUAUCAGGCAGACGACAAUCAUUAUAUACCACGUGCGGUUCUCAUCGACUUGGAGCCGCGCGUUAUACACAACAUUAUGAGCUCACCGUAUGCCAAGCUCUAUAAUCCGGAGAAUGUCUACUUGUCUAAGCAUGGCGGCGGAGCCGGCAACAACUGGGCUUCUGGCUUUAGCCAGGGUGAGAAGGUGCAAGAGGAGGUCUUUGAUAUAAUUGAUAGGGAGGCCGACGGCAGCGAUUCCCUGGAAGGAUUUGUGCUCUGUCAUUCGAUAGCCGGAGGCACGGGCUCUGGCAUGGGCUCCUAUCUGCUGGAACGCCUCUCAGAUCGCUUUCCCAAGAAGCUGAUCCAAACGUACAGUGUGUUUCCCAAUCAGGACGAGAUCAGCGAUGUCGUUGUGCAGCCCUACAAUUCGAUUCUUACCCUCAAGCGACUGACCAAGUGUGCGGAUUGUGUCGUCGUCCUGGACAACACAGCCCUAAAUCGCAUUGCCACAGAGCGUCUUCAUAUACAAACGCCCACAUUCACCCAGAUCAACAACCUGGUGUCGACCAUUAUGAGUGUGAGCACCAGCACCUUGAGAUAUCCCUCAUACAUGAACAACAAUCUGAUCGGAUUGACGGCUCCGUUGAUUCCCACGCCACAGCUACACUUUCUAAUGACAGGCUACACUCCGUUGAUCACAGAUCCCGAGACGAAGAUCAAUGUGCGCAAGACAACUGUUUUGGAUGUGAUGCGUCGCCUGUUGCAGCCGAAGAAUAUGAUGGUCUCCUCGACAGCUGACAAGCGGCAUUGUUUUAUAUCCAUACUGAACAUAAUUCAAGGCGAGGUGGAUCCAACUCAGGUUCACAAGUCGCUGCAGCGCAUAAGGGAGCGUAAGCUGGCCCAGUUUAUACCCUGGGGCCCGGCUAGCAUUCAGGUGGCUCUGUCCCGUAGUUCACCCUAUGUGCAGUCCGCACACAAGGUGUCUGGACUGAUGAUGGCCAAUAACACGGGCAUCAGUGCUCUCUUCAAUCGCUCUCUGGCUCAGUACGACAAGCUGAGGAAGCGUAAUGCUUUUCUGGAUCAGUUUAGACGCGAACCCAUGUUCCAGGAUGAUCUCAAUGAGCUGGAUUUGGCACGCGACACUGUUGACUGUCUGAUACAGGAAUAUGAUGCAGCUACCCAGAUGGACUACAGGAACUGGAGUCCCGUUGCAAAUGGUGUAUAACUUCAACUGCGCCUCUUUGGUAUUGAGUUCUUGUUCAGCUCAAUAGGCUGUGCCUUUUCCUAUAUAUUUAUAUCAUCUGGACAGUAAUUUCUAUACUUGCUCUCUAAUUUCGCUCAAGAUGUCGUUAAAAGGUUUUACUAAUUUCAUGAAGCAUUACAUCAGAUGUGGCAUUCGACAAACCGUCAAGAUAUAUGGAUUUCUCACUGGUAUCACGAUUCAAAAUUGAAAUAAUCAUGAAGUUUUUUCACGCUUUAUAAAAUUGUCGGCUAAAUCUCAUUAAAUUAUAGCUUCAUACAGUUCCUGCAAUACUAAAGUGUCCACCUUUUAAUGAUAUCGUAUAUUCUAAAUAUUGUAAAUACUUAAAUUAAAGUUGAAUGAAAAAAAAAA